AUGAUGGCCACGUGCUUCAUCAUCUGGGAUACCGCCACUAUUCCCCUGGAGAUGUUCCCUGUGGACCAAGUCUUUGGCCAGGUGAUUACGGUCGUGGCCGUGAUCUCCUCCGUCUUCUGGAUUGUCGAUGUGCCACUGCACUUCCUGUUUGGAGUGCAGACGGGCGGCGCGAUCGAGCUGAGGCCAUUACAGCUGGCGAAGCUCUACAUGAGGUCGUGGCUGUUGGCUGACAUCCUCAUCAUCGUGAUAGACGUGACGCUCCUGUCCUUCCAAGCAUUGGCGUCGGAUGUGAACCCAGUCUUCCGAUCCGGCCGUUUCCUGCGGACGCUGCGACUGAUCCGCCUGGUGCGGCUGCUGCGUGUGGGAAAGCUGGAGAGGCAGGUGAUGAAAAUUGCCAACCGCUUCCUGUCGACCUACUCGCUGAUGGCCUUGCGAGUCGCGGGCUACCUUGCGGUCAUGCUCGCCAUGAACCAUCUCAUCGCUUGCUGCUGGUAUGGAGUCGGCGCCUGGACGCAGCACUUGGGGAACUGGCUGGAGAGGUCGGCGAUAGAUCCGGACUCCGUGUCUGCAGCCUACGUCGCAUCGCUCCACUGGUCUCUGACCCAGUUCACUCCGUCGACGAAUCCGAUCGCGCCGGGAAAUGCCUGGGAAAGGUUCUAUGCCAUUUGGGUGAUCUUGCUCGCCAUGGCGUGCUUCUCGUCCUUCAUCGGCUCGAUCGGCACCACUUUAACCUCGAUGCGCUCGGUACGAAGGGAGCAGCUGCUGCAAGAGACCAAGCUUGAGGUGUUUUUCACCGAACGCAACCUCUCGCUAGACCUCUUCGAGAGAGUGAAGGGAGCACUCCAGCAGGACAAGAUGGCCAGAACACGCCUGCAUGAGCAAGAGGUCGUCCUCAUCCAGGGCAUCCCAGAGAGGAUCAAAGUGCAGCUGCACAAGGAGAUGUUUCUUCGGAUCCUCUUUCAGCUCGAGAUCUGGCCCACCUGGGCGCGGAACGACAUGGACUUCUUGCAGCACUUGUGUCACCACACCAUGUCCGAGCAUACAUCGAGACCCGGGCAGGAUAUCUUCAUGCCCCAUACGGAGUGCUUCCUGGUCUAUGUGCUUGAAACCGGCUCUUUGGAGUACUUCGUGCAAGGAAGGCAACCCGUGCACUGCACGGAGACCUCCAAUGCUGUCCUUUGUUUACCAAGUUUGUGGGCCGAGUGGCACCACGCUGGUCACUUGACCGCCACCUUCGGUACCUGUUUCUAUGUCGGCAUCGACUGUCAACAGUUCUGCACCCUCGCUGCAAGCUUCGGAGGCCCACUUUGCGAGUAUCUCAAGGUCUUGGGCAUCCUCCUGCUCGGCCAAAUUGAAGCCGCGCAGGGGAUGAACCUGGUCAUCACGGAUAUCUCUGUCGCGACCGACAUCAACAUCCGCGAACUCUCGGAGCGUGCCGAGGGCUUCACCUCUCUAAGAGAGCAUUUGCUCAACCACUCGGACAGUCAAGUUCGCUCUGAGACUCGCGAAAGCUUCGAGUCCAUGUCAGAAGACGCCGUUGAAACGCGGGUCCUGGCCCAAGAGCUGUGUGCAUCCUUCGCUGCAGCUCUGGAGAACCAAGGGCCUCACGGUCCAGGGAUGUGUGCAGAUCAGGAACUCGACCGCACAAAAGGCAAGGAGCUGCAUGUCGUGAGCUCGUUGGAGGCCCUUCAAGCUGCGCAAGCUGACCGGGGGCUGGACUGCGGUCUCGAAUGCGAGGGCGCUGUGGGCAAAAAAGUUUACGUGGACCAGACGUUUUACCAAAAGCUCCUAGUGUACUACCCUGAGAAUCCACCCCCGAUUGGGCCGGAGCUGUUGCUUGCUGGCAGCGCUUUCCAAGAAUUGUGGUGCCCCGCUGAGGUAUACCACGAUUUUUGGUACUUCGGCUUAUUGUUUCUCAGCAUGUGCCAGCUUGUGUUGAUCCCGUUCCUGAUCCUGCCCCAGAUUGUCCGGUUGCGACUUCACGCGGAGAUGCAGCGCGAAGUGGAUGCAGGGCGAUGCCAAAUCUACCCCAUGGCCUUGGCAGGAGCUACUUGGGAGCACUUCGCAAAUACAGAGUUCAAGGAUCACCGGACUCAAGCCUGGCAGACCUUCCCUGGCAUGGAGUGCCUGUCUUCCGUGAUCUCACUGGUUGGGGUCGCUCUUGGACUGGCCAGUAGUGGAGGACUUGUCCGUUACUGCUGGAUCUCUGUCCCGGUGGUUUUUCUUAUUGGCAUGGCUAUCCGUCUGCUUCACCAGAUCCACGCCGGCGUGAUCUUCCGGAAGCGUUUGCUUCUGGGCCGUGCGGAGCUCUUCGUCUGCGCUGCGCCGGAGGCAAACAUGGUCUCCAUCGUUUGCGAUGGCCGUGUGUUCUUCUACAAAAACAUCGGCGACAUUCCACGGGUACCCCCUGAGAGCCUGGUGUGGUAUAGCUAUGAGACCAUGGCCUUGGCCAGAACGCAGCUGAUUGCACGCAGACACACCGAAACCGAAGACGAGGAAAGCACGCCCAGCUGGUACUUGAACAUCAUCUACGGCAGCUGCUUUAACAAAGCGAGGACCAAUAUGUGGCACACCGGAUCGAAGCUCUUCCCCGUGGAUAACGCCUGUGUGCAUGAUUUCCAGAACUGGCUUGCUGAAGUUGAGAGGAGGCAGCUCUUUCGCUGUGAGGGAGCUACAGCCCGGCCGGAGAGCUUCAUGCAACCCAGCGACGUGACUUUACUGACGCCCUUCCACGUGCCGGCCGGGGACAUGCGGACGCCGCUGAGCACGAACACGAUGAUGCUCACUGCAGAGGUGGAGAAGGUGGAUGGCCUUUAUAAGGUCACGAUGAUCUCCAUGUCAGGAGAGGAGGCAGCCAGCUUCAAGUUCACUGAGGGGGACACGCUGGCGGAUCUUCAGCACCGUGUCGCCAGCAGGCCAGCUUUCCGAGACUAUCAGGUCAAGAUCGUCCUCAGUGACGGUACGCAGCUCGGGAACAUGGACCCACGCAUGGCCCUUCCAGCGUUUUUCGAGAAGGCCCGAGCCAGGUGA